UGGAUGGACUUCCACAAUCUUCCAUCAUGUCAUUACUUUUGGAACACCCUGUCUAAAUACAGCCAUGUGUUGCACUUUAUUUGUCUGUCUCUUUUUAUUUUUUUUCUAUAGACGUCUGAGAUGUAUGGCAGAAAACUAAUAUAUAAACAGCUCUCUGUCAAUUUCCUUUCACACACAAUGCCAAUAACGCCUUCACUUAAAAUGCAACAUUCAAGAAAAAUAUUAUCAAAACAUAAAUAAUUUAUGAAGUUGUUAGACACACGAUUUGAACACUUUUAUAUUGUGAUGUGAAUGAUUUUUUAUUUUACUUAUAUUAUAUUCAAAUAAAAAUGAGAUUGAAGCUCUAAAAAGAUCCCGUAAUUCACCAUUUGAGUGUGUUUGUUAAAAAGUUUAUAAAAUUUGAAUAUAUUUUGUACCCCCCUAUGAAUCAUUUAAUUGCUGUCAACUGGGUUCAAGGUUAUCAAAUCCGGACAAUUACUUCCGACAGACAAUUAGAUUCAUUCAAUCAAAAGUACAAGCUAUCACCGCUACUAUACGAAAGGGAAUAUGAAUUUAAACCCUAUUCAAUGCGGGUGGUCUAAUCAUAUAACAUGCGCUCUAAAUAGACUCAAAACUGGAUGGAGUAGUAGUAAAGUGUCUGAACCCUUGCGUCCUGACGAACAAGCAGCCAUUAUAUCGGUCAUUCGACGAAAUGAGGAAAUUGAAGUAGCUGAACGACAACGUGUAGGAAAACUGGUGGAGCGAGUAGAAAAAAUCAAAGAACGAGCAGCUGACUGUGGACCACAAGGCUGUCGCUUAUGUGGCCAAACAUUUGGUAUUCUUGGUCCAUCUCGUUUGGUUUGCGAGGAUUGUAAAAAAGCAGUUUGUUCAAAAUGUGCCAUUGACAUAAAUAUAAAAAUGCAUUGUAAAUCUCGAGAAAUUUGGCUAUGUCGCAUCUGUUCUGAGACUCGAGAAAUGUGGAAAAAAUCUGGAGCUUGGUUUUUCAAAGGUCUUCCAAAAUAUGAAAUUCCAGAUCCUAAUUUAAGCUCAGUGAGAACAACCCGUAGUGCUAGUACAACACCAGCGAAGACGGUUCGUAUUAAAAAAAUGACGAUGAGUGUCGUUGACACUAGUAGUUCAGAAGAUGAUGAAGUUGAUGAUGGUGUUACAAAACAAACUUAUCCAUCAAUUCAAAGAGAGAACAGUUUUAGACUUAAAGCAGUUGGUUCGUUUCGAAGUUUCUUCGAUGGUGGUGAGAGAAAACUUUCAAAUUCAAUAUCAUUCCAACGCCAAGUUGUGUCAAAAUCAGACUGUUAUCAGCCAGAUUAUGAUGCAAUCUCCACAGUGUCGAGCAACAGAAGGGAGAGUAAUUACAAUAAUCGACGUGGUUCAGCAUCAUCAAGUAUGUCAAUAAGUGAGAGUUCGUCAGGAAAUGGAAGUAUUACAACAAGUAAUCAACUUGCUCAAAAUUGUAGAGAUCCUCUGUUGGGAUGGCUUGAGUUGGUAGUUACUUAUAGAGAAAAUGACCAUACUUUGGAUUGUAGUAUAAUUAGAGCUAGAGACUUACCGGCUAUGGAUUCGGCGGGACUAACGGAUCCUUUCUGUAAAUUGAAUAUCAUAACACCCGAAGGACAUGUUAAAUACACGAGAUGGCAAAAAACUAAAACCGUUCACAAGACCAGAAAUCCUGAGUUCAAUGAAAUUCUACAGUUUGUUGGCGUAGAACCUAUUGAGCUAGGAAAUUCUCUAUUGUAUGUGGUAAUUCUUGACGAUGAUAAGUAUGGACAUGACUUUCUUGGAGCUGCAAAAAUCAAUCUUUCAACGGUUCACAGUCACAGCCCAUAUCGAUUGACCGUUCCCUUGGGUGUAGAAGAUCAAUACAGCAAUGAAGCGGAAAUUUCUCAAACUUGGCCACGAGGAAAGAUUUGUAUCUCUUUGUGUUACAAUUCAAAAAAGCGGUCCCUUGUUGUUGUUGUAAAACAAUGUAUCAAUCUGCUUCCAAUGGAUAACAAUGGUAGUUCAGAUCCCUUUGUUAAGCUCCAACUAAAGCCUGAUACGCACAAGAAAAAAUACAAGACUGGUGUUAAAUGGAGAAACCUAAAUCCUGCAUUUAAUGAAGAGUUCGUUUUUGAAGCUAGCCCUCAUGAUCUCAACAAGCAAUCGCUUAUAAUCACAGUUUGGGACAAAGAUAUCGGCAAGAGCAAUGACUUUUUGGGUAGUCUAAUUCUAGGCUGCAAUAGUAAGGGAGAGCGUUUAAAGCAGUGGAACGAUUGUGUCCGCUUACCUGAUCAUGUACAUGAGAAAUGGCACUGUUUAUCCGCAGAUAAUCCAUCGCACUGAUUUAAAGUAUCUGUGCGUGUGUGGUGGUGGCUUUGGUGCUUUUAAUAUUUGCCACUUAGUUUUUUAGGAAUGCGCAUGGAGUAAAUUUUUUGUUGUCAAAAAGUGUCCUUAAUGCAAAGGCUAUUCAAAAAUUUGUAAAGCUUAACACAUUUUUCUUAUCUUUAUUCUAAAAAUUUACUCUUGGCUUUUUGUUAUGGCUUUUAGUUUUUUUUUCCAAUGGAAGAGUGUCUUCUAUUUUAAAAGUUUGAAUUAAGAAUAAUAUUAUGUAAUAAUAUCAAAAACAUGAAAUUUGAAGAGAGUGUACCUACCCAAUUUGUACUUUCAAUAAAUAAUAAUAAUUUUUAAAAAGUCGGCUAUAAGUUUUUAUACAAUUUUAUUUGAUAUAAACUAAAAGUUGAUACUGAAGUCAUGGUUUGCCAUGACGGUUUUCACAAUAUAAAAAUAAAGUUUGACAUGAAACCAAUACUUACCCUUACCGAAGAGAAAAAAAAGGUAAACGAAUCUGGCAUUUUUUUAAAAUUUGUUUUAAUAAGUUCGGUUAGGUUAAGAUUUCUUUACCUUUAAAAUGUUUGUUUUGUUAUGAUUUUUAUGAGAGUACCUACAACUGUAA